AUGACCCGACCAUCUAAAAAUACACAAGGACGUCGAACAAACCUUAAAAAAGCUAAUGCAGCUCUUUACUCUGCUCGUCAAAAAGCUUCAAAUGAGCCUUUCGAAAUAAUUAACCUCCCACUUUCUUCAGAUUCUGAUGAUGAGAAUAAUGAAACUAAUCUGGCGGAAGAGCUAAUCAGUUGUGAAGUUUCAGAAUUGGAUAAUAAGAACACAGCACUUGAACUUUUUAACCGUCUUUUUAAACAAGCAAAAACAUAUGGCCGUCCAGCUAUUUAUACAGGUCUUGCACCACGAACAAUUAGACAAAAAAAACAGCAUCUUCGUGAAGCUGCCAUCG